AUGUCUUCGGGAUCGGGGGAAGACCGCGAUCUGCUCGCGCGCUUGAAUGCCCUCAAGAAGAGCACAAUAGACUUUGACAAUACCAUAGGCACUCCUGUCGCCGAUAGAAGUGUGCCAAUCGAUCCUGCUCCUGCACGAGCCCUACACGCUGAUCUCGUAGAUCGGUUUAAAACACUUUCGGGCACAAGUCGAACAACUACCGGUCAGUUUGUAGCCGAGUCUAAUAGCAAUGAUCAUGCAAGUCUUGGAGCAGAUGAGUUCGCCGAUGAGGGCAAAACGGUAGAGGAGCUAUUAGCGGAUCUUGGUCCUGUCGAACAGUGGGAAGUUGACAAGUCCGAGCAAGAUCAAGUUGAUGACCUCCUUCGAUCGGCCAACACCGCCCUCAACAGCAGGCCGAAUCUAGAGAAGACCCCCAAUGAGGAUGAUGCCAACGCUGGGGAAUCGCACCCCACUUCACAUACCAUGCCUUCGAUAGAUCUUACGGCUUUCCAUCCCGAGCCCGAGUCCGACAACGAGACUACCGAGAAGCCUCAUAAAGAGGAACUACGGCGCAGUGUUAACCAAGAGGCCGAUGAUGUCCUCCAGCGCCUUCUCGACGAGGUCGACUACGAAAAGAAAUUCGGCCUCGCUCCCGACCAAGAAAGUCAAGACACCGACGAGGAGGGUGAUGACCGUCCGCGCGUCGAACAUGUAGGCACCCCUGACCCGCGAGCCCUCCCUAGCUCCAGCUCCGCACCGUCCAAUCCCGACAAUAGCAACCCAGCCCUUGACCUCCCCUCAACUCCCGCCGACCUCCCAGCGCCUCCUCCCGUCACCAGCACAAACGAAGACUCCGACCUCGCCGCACGUUUCGCCUCCCUCGCCCUCCCCACCUCAACCCUGCUCCCCUCCGUGCCCACAACCAUCUCCAGCACAGCCAAAUCUCCUCCUGCCUCCUCCAAACCACCAGCUCCAGGACUUACGGACGAGGACAUCGACACCUGGUGCAUCAUCUGCAUGGACGACGCGAACCUGCGCUGUCUGGGCUGCGACGGAGACUUGUACUGCACAAACUGCUGGGUGGAGGGCCAUCGAGGCGAGGAUGCCGGGUACGAGGAGCGGCGGCAUAAGGCUGUGGAGUUUGUGAAAAAGGGGAAGAAGAACAAAAGGGCCGCAGGAAGGGUGUUGGUUGGCGCGUAG